AUGGGCGGAAAGAUUUCACGUGAAGAGAUGAAGACUCUCCGUAAGGAGACUCGAGGAAAACUCGAUCAAAAGGAGAUUCAAAAGUAUCAUAAAUUUUGGUUUGAUCUUUACAAGGACGGAAAUAUGACCAAGGAAGGAUUUGUAAAGUUUGCACAAUUGGCACUUCCGAAUUGGGAUGGACAAACUGAUGUUGAUUAUCUUUUCAGAGCUAUGGAUAACAAUAAUGAUGGAACUGUCACGUUCAAGGAAUUUUUAUUAUUCCAAUCGAUUACUGCUCCAUCAGCUGAACCAUUGAAUCCUAUGGAAUUAAUUGAUCUUGCUUUUGAUAUGUAUGAUGAAGAUCGUGAUGGAUUUGUCACUGUUGAUGAAAUGCGUGAGUCCUUGCACAACAUGUUCAAGGCCAAAGGUAUGAAUGUAAAUGAUCCAAAUGUAAAGAACCAAAUUGAAAAUAGAAUUAAUAAUUUAUUGAGUCUUGCCGAUAAGAAUAAUGACGGAAAGUUAACUAGAGAAGAAAUUUUCACCGCCUGUGAAAAGGAUCCACAAAUUGUUGCCAUGUUUUAA